CGUGUACGGUAUAUACCGGGGAGACAGCACGGCCAUUAGAAAUGAAACGAAACGAAAAGGAGGAAAUAAAAGAAUUUUUCAUCACUUUUAUGACGUGGCAGCGAGUUUCACGUCUGUUUACGUUGUCAUAUUAAAGGUUGAACCAAGAAUUGUCUUUUCUAACGAGAGAAAGAUGACAGAACAAGAGAUUGCACGGUGAAGUAUUCAUAAAGAAGAUUUCAAGUCCAGUGAUCUACAAAGCAUAAAAAAUGACGCAAGCAAAAUUUUUGGGUCAGUUUAAAGCGUUAGUCUGGAAAAAUGUUCUCUUGAAGAAUAGAAACAAAAAACAGACAUUUCAGGAGAUACUCAUGCCGAUUUACUUCAUAGCCAUUUUAGCAAUGAUAAAGUCCUUUGUUAAACCAAAGACCUAUCCAGAAAUAAACAGCUUUCCAGUAUAUUCGUUAAAUGAUACUAAAACCUUGGGUUCAUUUGGUGGUAAAAUUUUGGUAACACCAAAUACCUCACAUUCUCAUAAAGUGUUGGAUGAAACGACAGAUAUAUUGCACAGUAUAUUAAAAAACAGUGUAUUUAAUGUCUUAUAUUUUGACAAUGAAGAUGAAGCUGUGCAGGCUUAUAAAAUGUCACCGCAAAACGUUGCUGCAGGUGUGAUUCUGCAUUAUGAUUCAACUAAAUCGCAUACCAAUUUAAGCUACGCUAUACGUGUUCCUUAUUCAGACAUAGCAAGCUCCGAUCCAGGCAAUAUAUAUCAAGAUCAGUCACAAUGUCGUAAUGGUAAUGGACUUGAUGGGUCUAACUGUGCUGCAGCCACAUAUAUCUACACAGGUUUCUCAGCUAUACAGCUAGCAAUUGACACAGCCUUAACAAGAAUAAAUUUCAACAAUUCCAAUCUAUAUCCACCAGAAAUUAAUGUUCAGAUGAUGCCUAAACCUGGAUAUAUUCCUGACACAAGCUACAUACAGAUUUUAUCAUCUUUGUAUUUCAUCAUUGCAUACUCACCUUUCAUUAACUUCCUGACUGUAAACUUGGUUGCUGAGAAGGAGAAGAAAAUCAAGGAAGGCAUGAAGAUGAUGGGACUUAGAGAUGCAGCUUUCUGGUUGUCAUGGGGAUUUGUGUAUUCAGUGAUCAUCAUUGUUGUGACCUUGGUCGUCAUAGCGAUAGCAUACGAAUUUAAGUUCUUCACAAACAGUAAUAUGUUGCUGUUCUUCCUGAUGCUGGUCUUGUAUGGUCUGUCUAUCAUUGGAGUGUCCUUCUCACUGACACCAUUCUUCAGUAAGGCUCAGGUAGCAGGGGGUGUAGCCAGUGUGUCCUCAAUGUUGAUCAGCUUGCUGUAUCUGAUAGUGAGUCUGACCAGAACGUACACGUCUGCAGGUGUGGAGUAUACUAUACCUGUGUGGGGAAGGUGGCUUCUCUGCAUACUCUCUCCUGUAGCACUCGCUUUAGCUAUAGAUCAGGCAAUAUAUCUAGACAUAGUAAAUCCAGAUGGUAUGACCUUUUCUACUCUCACUGUAGGAGAGUUUCCUCUACUAGGACCACUGCUCAUGUUAGCUGUUGACACUGUGAUGUACUUCAUACUGGCUGUUUACCUGGAUAAUGUUAUACCAGGUGAAUAUGGACCAAGACAACCACCAUGGUAUAUAGUUUCACCCUCGUACUGGUGCAGAAAGUCUACGACAGCAGGAUCUUUUACCAACCAGAGAUUCUCACCUUUUGCAUAUAACAGUGAUAAGGAUGGUGACGCCAAUAUUGAGAAGGUCUCUGAUGAGAUGAAGGAUAAAAUUGCUGUUAGCAUUGAUAGAUUGACAAAAGUAUUUGCAACAAGUGAUGGAAAAGUGAAUGCAGUGGAUGGGUUAAGUCUGGAUAUAUAUGAAGGCCAGAUAACAGCUUUACUAGGUCAUAAUGGAGCUGGAAAGACCACAAUUAUGAAUAUACUUACUGGAAUGACUGGACCUACAUCAGGAAUGGUUCAAGUCGCUGGUUUGGAUGUGUCUAAUCCAAAUGAUAUGGCAGAAAUACGGAGUAUGACUGGGAUUUGUCCUCAAGCGAAUAUCCUGUUGAGAUAUGACAUGAACAGAUUUUUAGUAGAAGUGCCAAUCUGUACACCCGAGUGCAGAGAUGAGAACGGACGGAAAGAUUUGGAAGAUAUUUUGAAGGGCGACAGGUUCAUGCUGCUUGUCAAGAAAAUCAAAUCAGUUUCAAGCAAUGAUGCUCCAUCAGAAAACCCUCAUCAGAUUCAGACGGACAAUCUGCCAGAGAAGCACGAACAAAAGAAAACCCCAAAAGGCAAGAUACAGAGGAAAAAAGAGAUUAUAUUCCUCGAUGAGCCAACAGCUGGCAUGGACCCAUUUUCCAGAAGACACCUUUGGUCAGUUCUGAAAAAGAAGAAGGAUGGUCGUGUUAUUUUGCUCACCACACAUUUCAUGGAUGAAGCUGAUAUAUUAGCUGACAGGAAAGCCAUUAUAAACAGAGGGUCCUUGAGAUGUUGCGGUUCUUCAUUGUUUCUGAAAAACAGAUUUGGUAUUGGAUACCAUCUGAGUGUGGUUGUGGACCAGGAUGGGGAUGCAGACGGAAUAAAGUGUCUUAUACGUGACUUCAUACCGGAGGCUGAAACAAACAGAGUCCAUGGUCAGGAACUAGAUAUAACAUUACCCCUGGCACAGGUUUCUAAAUUCGCAGAACUGUUUAAGGCUCUUGAAGAGACAGUUGGCAGUGAUGAUAAUCUUGGUAUAUGUAGCUAUGGUAUUUCAAUGACAACACUUGAGGAAGUAUUUCUAGAACUUGAAAAAGAUGCUGACCUCUCAGAACCAAAAUCAGUUAUGGAAACAAGACUUGUGAAUGACACUGAGAAUGAGGUCCAUGAGCAUAUUAGUAUGGCACCACUUGGUGAGCAGCCCUUAGAUGGUGGGAAGCCCUUGUUGGAAGUGCAGCUCAGGCAUAUGCCUGAAUCAGGAACUGCACUAUCCAUGCAAAGAUUUAAGGCAUUGUUUAAGAUCAGGUUUCUCAGAAACAAACGCAAUGGACAGCUACUGUUUUACCAACUAUUUCUUCCAAUCAUAUUAGUUGUAAUCGGACUGAUGGUAAAUAAGAAUUCAAAGAAUAAUCUUGAGGGAAGCAAUCCUAAAUCUCUUGAAAUAGGCCCGUACUACUACAGUAAGAUGAAGAAUAGCCCUUCAACCAAGGGAAGAUUUGGUCCUAUACCAUCACUGUUGGUGCAUGAUGAUGUUGAUUCAUUACCAUCCAGAUCCUUCCUUGGGAAUUUGUCUGCUGUUUACAACAUAGAGAAGUUGGACAAUUAUAGCUCAUUGAUGAACAUUGCACCUCACUAUCUUGGUAUAAACCUCACAAAGUUUGAAUUUAGUUCUCAGGGUGUUGCAACAGGAUUUACAGCUUUAUACAAUGACAGUGCCAUACAUGCCAUUCCUGCCAUAGUAAACUUGAUGACUAAUAGCGUCUUUAAAAUUCAAGAAUAUUUGACAGGAAAAACUGACAAUAGUAGUUUCAUAAGUACAAGUAGUUUGCCAUGGCCUGCAAGUUUCGAGGAAGUAGCACUGAGCAAUGAGGCAUUUUCAUCAGUGAUUUUACUGGCAAUGGCAUUUGUAGUGAUUCCCUCAGGCUUUGGAAUAGAUAUUGUGGUAGACAGGCAGACCAAAGUACGCAGCCAGUUGAGGAUAGCAGGGGUGCCAUACAGAUUGUACUGGGGAGCUUAUGUUGUCAUGGAUAUCAUCAAGUACAUAAUUCCAGCAUUGUUGGUCAUUUUCAUUACUUUUAUGUUGCAGGUUGAUAGUUUAAAACAAGGAGGUGCAAUGUGUGUUCUGAUUUUGAUGUUCCUGACCUGUAUUCCGGCAAACUUACUGCUGUCCUACAUUAUAUCGUUCGGAUUUGAUAAAUGGGAGACUGCCCAAGCUGUACAACCUCUCAUAUUUUUCUUUGUAGGGUUCAUGCCAUAUUUACCUGUUGCUCUUGUUGAUUCAAUGACCAGUGAAUCUAUUGCCAGCAUUUUACAUAUUAUUUUCUGCUGUACUUGCUCUCCAUACAUCAUGUUUGGUGGAUUAUUCUACAUUGAUAAGGUGUACCGAAAUGCAGAGAUGCACAUGAACACAGAGAAUAUUCUCUUUAAAGACUAUUUUUCCAUGGAUAUCAUUGUUGCUAUAUUUACUCCCUUAGUACAAGUUGUGCUGUAUGCUGUGUUACUGAGAUUACUGGAUACACGAGACAGUGGUGGGAGUAUAAAAGAAGCAUUUGGUUGCCAAGUUACGGAAGAAUCUGGUUAUUCUAACCUGGAGAAUAUCAGGGAAACAGUUGAUGAAGAUGAAGAUGAUGAUGUGAAAAAAGAGAGACAAAGGGUUCAGGAGUUACUGAAACAACCUCAGGUACCUGCUGCAGUUGUUUCUAACCUUAGGAAAGAAUUUAGCAAGAAUGGAUCAAACACAUGUUUUAGGAAAGGAAAAGAUAGCAAUGUUUUUGUGGCUGUUGAUAAUUCAUCAUUUGCUGUAGAUGUGGGAGAAGUAUUUGGCCUGCUCGGUCCAAAUGGUGCAGGUAAAAGUACAACACUGAAUGUAAUGACAGCUGAUACUGCACCUACCAGAGGACAGGUAUUUGUUGGUGGACAUGAUGUGAGGUCAAGUUUGUUUAAUUCCUUUGGUGUCAUGGGGUUCUGUCCACAACAUGAUGCACUAUGGGAUAGUGUUACUUUAAAGGAGCAUCUGCAGUGUUUCUCAAAAAUUAGAGGCAUACGACCUGAUGAAAUCAACCCUUGCAUUGACUUUUACAUGAACCACUUCCAGCUGAAAAAGCAUGGUGAGAAGCGGUCAAAGAAAUUGUCAGGGGGAACCAAAAGAAAGUUGAGUUAUUGUAUAAGUAUGCUGGGUCAGCCAAGAUUUGUUCUCCUGGAUGAACCAUCUACAGGAAUGGACCCACAAUCUAAACGCUUCUUAUGGGAUACAAUAUCCAGCAGUUUUAAGGCAUACCAAAGAGGAGCCAUAUUGACUACACAUUAUAUGGAAGAAGCAGAUGCUUUGUGUUCUAGGAUAGCCAUUAUUGUCAAUGGUAGACUACAAUGCAUUGGAUCCAGUCAACAUUUGAAAAACAAAUACGGCAGUGGUUAUUUGUUGGAAAUAAAGAUCUUGACAAAUGAAGAUACACGUCAUCAUUUGGAAGAUGAAAAGAAGAUAUUAAAGAAGUUUAUAUUGGAUCACUUUCCAGACUCAACAUGUAUUGAAGAAUUUAAUGAAAGAGUGCAAUACAAAAUACCAAGGCAUAAUGUCAAUUCGCUGGCAGUUGCCUUUUCUGUCCUGGAGCAGGCUAAAAGUCGACUGAAAGUAGAAGAGUAUAGCUUCAGUCAGUCAACACUUGAACAGGUGUUCCUGGAGUUCGCCAAGAUGCAGCUUGAUGAUGCUGAACAUGUUGGAGAAAGUGCUAAAUAAGAUAUUUAUCAUACAGAUAAAACAUUAUUCAAGACAGGCUUCACAAACAAUGUUUCUUACACAGUGUAGAUGUUUAUAACUUCAUUAGCCAGCCAAAUUGUAUUUGUCGCGCAGUUGUGCCAAAUUCUUUAGUACCAACAUGAAUAUGGUCACCGAUGUAUUUUGUCCAAUCAAUGUGUAUAUGUGCAAUGUGUAUAUGUGCAAAAGCAACAUUCUAAUCUUGUUCUCAAAAGUUACUAAUACACAGCAGGAAUGUCAAUGAUCAAAACUGGACGAAUAUACAGUUAUCCUCACUUUAAUGUCAUUUAUAAUUUGUCCUUGAAUUCUCCACCAUACUUUUCAUAACUCUGUUUGCACGAGUUGCACGAGAAUGCUGUCAUUCACGUAAAAAAAUGGGGUCAAAUAAGUUGUAAAUGCAAUAUCAUGUAAACGUAAUUAAUGGCUUAUGCAGUUCAAGAUAAACUUUAUCUCAUAACGUAACGAACAUGUAUAAUGUUGUAACAACAAUUUUACUUACACUGAUUUAAGUAGCAGUCGGUUUAUAAGUGACUUUAUUGAUUCAUUUUGUGUUUUGUUAUUGUUGUCAAAAGUAUAACGGAAGUGCCUCACAACUGAAGCGGAAACCAGUUUGAUGCGCAAAGUAGUCCAUAAUAUUUUUUGACAAAUGUUCACAGAAAUUAAUAAUUUUCUAAUAUUAAAGACGAAUAUCUGAAUAGGAUUCAUUAUUUGAUAAGAAAUUAUAAUCAUCGACAUGUUUUUUUUAAAAAUCGUACACGUGCUGACACCUAAGUUGUCUCCCGUUGUUUAUUAGAGUUACCUUUCGUCCGGCGCAGUAAUACAUUUGCAGUGAAUCGCCGAGAAGUCGUGGGAAAAUUAAAAACCAUGUAAACAAACUAAAAUUAACCACCUUUUCAAGAUGAAUUUCAAGUGAUCGACGUUAUGCAUUUAACCCGCCUGACCUGUGUAGCAUCUUAGAUAUCUGUUCUAAGGUAUUCAUUGUGUAGAAUGUCAUGUUAUGCCCUUGCAAUGCUAAUCCCACUCUGAUUUUUUUGUUUACAUUUUUUUAUUUUUUAUCAAUGAGAAAUAUGGCGUCCAUCCCGAGAUGAACUGACGUGGCGUUAAAUUUUUACAUGUUUAAGCAAACCUGGUGUGUUAGAAAGAAAAUCUCAUCCCUUCAGCAUUAUUUGGAACACUGUUAUUGUAAAAAACCUGUUUUUUCCUUAUACAAAAGCUUAAUAUUUUGUGUUGAAUGUUCUUUCACAAACACCUCUGUUUUCCUAUUACAUUCAUAGUACCACAUCCUUACCCACAAAAUACUGAAUAUUACAGGUGUCCAUCAGUAUUAUAUCAGUUUAGGAAUAUGUUUUUUUAUUUUCCCACCAUCGAUUUCUUGAAUAUGCACCCCUUCCGCAUUGCUGUAUGAACUGUGAAUGUAGCAAUAUGCGUCCCCUUAAUAUGUAAUGCAAAGUCAAGUCAAAAUCCUUUAUUUCCCUCAUUUCAUGUAAUCAUAAAUGAAAGCCGUGACUUGUAAAUACUUGUCAGGCAUUAUUGUCAUGAUUAUGAAGUGUAAUUUUGUUAUGAUUAUAUAUUGUGAGAAACAUCUCGAUAAUAGAUCAUGAAUAGGCGUAUUUCGAAUUAAACUGAAUACACCUUAGGAAAAAAGGGGAGGUAAUAGCAGUUACCAAAACUCAUUUUUGCCUGAUAUGUAAUCAAGGAAUAAAACCUAGUCUUAAAUCUAAUAUGAAAAAAGCAAUAUUAAUACCUAUGAUAGAAACACAAUAAGAAUAUUUUUUUUUUAGAUACUCACCGGUUAUUUAUAAAAGCGGUAGUUUAUAACCAUGCAUUGUUCUGCAAAUUAUUAAUCGCAAUCUACACUUUAUGUCCCGUAAUGUAAUACGGGUCAUUUUCAUUCCUCAUUCUAAUUGAGGAAUAGUUAAGGUUUCGAUGGAGGCCUUGAGAAACAAAAAUCAAACAACACCAAAUCAUAGAAAGAAAGAGUUGUUUGACAUGAAAAUUGAACAGCAUGUAAAACAUGUAUAUUACUUUACGAAACAAGUGUCAGUAUACUGAUAUAAAUAUUGAAUUCCGGAAAAGGGCUGCCUAAAGGGGCUCCACUUCCGGACAGUUAAACGCCUUUAAAAACUCACCAUUUUCAAAGAACUGUUACACAUGUUCGUUUUGAUGCAUUUGCAAUAGCGUGCGAGUGGUGAAAUUUCGCAUAACAAGGUGGAACACAGUUUUCAGCAAUUGUUUAUCAUUAUUUCUUUACAUAUGGCAUUCAUUUUCAAAGGGAGACAACUGUUCCCGAUUAUUUUAAGUACAAAUGGCAUUCAUUUUCAAACGGAAACAACUUUUUCCGAUUAUUUUAAGUAAUCUUUGAGAAAAAGUUGUCUCCCUUUGAAAAUGAAUGCCAUUUGUAAAGUAAAAAAGAUAAACAAUUGCUGAAAACUAUGUUCCACCUUGUUACGUGAAAUUUCACCACUCGCACGCUAUUGCAAAUGCAACAAAACAAACAUGUGUAACAGUUCUUUGAAAAUGGUGAGUUUUUAAAGGCGUUUAACUGUCCGGAAGUAGAGCCCCUUUAGGCAGCCCUUUUCCGGAAUUCAAUGUUUAUAUCAGUAUACUGACACUUGUUUCGUAAAGUAAUAUACAUGUUUUACAUGCUGUUCAAUUUUCAUGUCAAACAACUCUUUCUUUCUAUGAUUUGGUGUUGUUUGAUUUUUGUUUCUCAAGGCCUCCAUCGAAACCUUAAAGAGAGAAAUUAAACUUGAAUUGCAUGAAAGAUACGGAAAUUACCUCCAGUGAAAGUAAAGUGGUUCAUUUUCGACCAAGUUCACAGGGUAGUACAGAUUGUAACUUAAAUGUGGUCAAGAUACUAUACAGGAAAUGGAAAUGGCUAUUUAUUUUGCAUUAAAUCAAUUUAUUCAGUUUCGUGUCUUGCAUGUUUUUUUGUGAUGAACGCGUUAUAGACAAAAGGGUGUACAGAAUGCAACUAUCGAAAUACAUAGUUACGUCUCGUGUUUUGUUAAUGUUUUAAUUCGUUUCUGAUGAACGUUUUAUAAAUGUUUUGCUUGUUUUAUUCUUUUCUGUUUGGGCUUCAAGUCUUUCUAUGCUAACUUGUUAGUGAUGUGCCUAAUUUACAACAGUGCAAUCAUUUUUUUAUCCUGUGAAGGUGCAGGUACUGAGUGCAUAAUAUUUUAUUUUAUUAAGUACAUGUUACAUGUUUUCACUAUGUUGAUUUGCUUAAAGCGCCAGUGCUAUUCAGAAAAUAUUUUGUAUGUUUAAUUUGAUAUUGUAAACUUUAUAUAUUUUUCUGUGAUAAUUGAAAUAAAAAUCGUAAAAAAGUA